UUUGGGGGCCGGUAUGGAAUCAUUCCAAUCAAUCCAAUCCAAUCCACUUUAUUUAUAUAGCACAUUUAAACAACAAAAAUGUUUCCAAAGUGCUGCACAACUUUAUUAAAAAUAAUAUUAAAAACAAUAAUAAAAACAAGAUUCAAAUAUUAUCCUUAGCUCCACCAUUGACUGAAUAAAAACAAAAAAUAAAUAAAUAUAAAAAAAAUAUAUAAAAAGAAAUAUGAUUAAAAACGAUUUUAAAGGGUAAAACCAAUUAAAACCGUAAAUAGAAAUCGAAAUGUAUAAAAAACACAGAGGACAACAGAGGACCACACGACUCACGUAGUGUUAAAAGCCAAAGAAUAAAAGUGGGUCUUAAGACGAGACUUAAAACACUCCACUGUGGGAGCAGUUUGAACAUGGAGGGGCAGAGUGUUCCAGAGCUUAGAGCAGACCACAGAGAAGGCCCUGUCUCCCCUGGAUUUAAGUCUGGUCUUGGGCACCACGAGCUGGAGCUGGCUCUCGGACCUCAGAGCGCGCGCAGGAGUGUCAAUUUGGAUGAGGUCCGAGAUAUACUGAGGUGCCGAUCCAUGUAAAGCUUUAAAAACAAACAGCAAGGUUUUAAAAUCAAUUCUAAAAUGAACAGGGAGCCAGGGCAAACUCUGAAGAAUUGGGGUUAUAUGCUGGCGUUUCCUGGCUCCUGUUAAAAGUCGUCCUGCCGCGUUCUGGACUAACUGCAACCGGGAGUUGCAGGCAGGAUUUGGCCCGCGGACCGCCGGUUUAAUAGCCCUGAUAUAAGCUAUUCUAAAAACAGCAAGUUGCUGAUUAGGCAAUUAUACUGGAAGGAAGCAAGAAGAAGACACACCUUCCCACUUCUGCUUUUUUUUCUGCACUCCGAAACAUCUCCCAUUUUGAAUGCACCUCAGAAAAAUGCAGGACGUGGUAUGUUUCAGGUUGCUCCAACAAUGAAGGAGAGUUGGAUUAUCCUGCUAUUUAUUUCACAUGCAUGGAGCAGAGACUGGCGGGUGACCUUCAAGGACCAGUGUGCCUUGGAAGGGGCCUCAGUGCUCAUCGGGUGCGAGUAUGAAUACCCUCUUGGUCAUUUAGUCACUUCAGUUGCCUGGUUUAGAGGUCAGCGGCUUUCCGACCGGUGGAUCCUGUAUUCCCUGCCGACAUCGUCGACACAAGUUCACUUCCAAUAUGUGGGCAACUCACGGGGAAACUGCAGUCUGAGGAUCAAUAACUUAAAACGGGCUGAUGAAGGACAUUACUUCUUUAGGUUCAAGACCGUGUUUAACAGCUGGACCAGCAGGCAUCCAGUCCAUGUGUCAGUGAAAGAACUGACAGCUGUUUUGGAGCCAAGCACGGUGACGGAGGGGCAAGAAGUCAGCCUGUCCUGUUGGAGCGGCUGUGCCACGCGGCUGCAGGUAGUCUGGUACCGCGAUGGAACACCGGUACCACGUCAGGUCUUCUCGGCAAGCAUAAAGGAUUCUGGGAGCUACUAUUGUGCUGUUCUCGGCCAAAAGAUCCAGUCGGCCUCUGUGGCUUUGAAUGUGCAACAUGCGCCAUACGACGUUCUGUUGUCAAUGAAGCCCGCAGGAGACGUCAUCAACGCGAGCUCAGUGACUCUCGGCUGCAGCAGUCACGCCAACCCACCCGUCCCACAGAGUGGAUACAGCUUGCACAAGGACGAUCAGUUGAUAAGUUCUGGACGCGACCACAUCAUCUCUCCCCUUCAACCCCGCCACAGUGGACUGUACCACUGUCAGGCCUCCAACAACAUCAGCAGGAGAGGGGUCACGUAUGUCAACUCUUCUGGGAUGAACCUGGAUGUGCAGUAUAUGCCAAGUGUUGCUGAGGGCAGCAGUGUCAACGUGACAUGCAGCAGCACAGCCAACCCUGCAAACCACAGCCACAUCUGGUAUAAGUGGACCAACUCCAGCUCCCUGCUCCAAAUGGGCUCAGGACAGGUGCUGUCUCUUCCCUCCAUGGAAACUUCCCACACUGGAAUGUACCUCUGCCAGGCCAGGAACCGUCUUGGCGUCGUCAGCUCCACCAAAGUGCUGCUGGCAAUGGACGACGAUACUUCUGGUGGUCAGAGCCUCCCAGUCCGGGUGCUUGCUGGACUCGGGGUGUGUCUUUUUGGGACACUUGUGAUAGCUCUUCUGUUGCUAUGGAAUAAACAGAGGAGCAAGGCCAAAAAAAAGGUUCCAACCCAACAUGUCAGCCCUGCAUCGGCUGAAGAUCCACGCGACAAUAUUUAUGCCAACGUCAGCUUGUCAACGCCGCCUACUCAUCCUCCACCACACAUAUACUCCAAGCAGCAGCACGCUAUUGAUGAACAUGACGAGGUUACUUACUCAACAGUCACCAUCAAAGCCAAACACCCACAAGAAUCAAGGUUCAAGAUGGAGGAGCAUGACGAAACAGUGAUAUAUUCCAAUGUGGCUAACUCCAGCUAAAUGAUAAGCUGCAGUAUCAUAAUAUUAUUAGGAUAUCUUUGUAAAGUUGCAAGCUGUAGAAAAUGGACGUGUAUAUAUAUCCAUCCAUCCAUUUCCUACUGCUUGUAUGUAUAUAUAUCAGGCCAAAAGUUUGGACACACCUCAUUCAAUGAGUUUUCUUUAUUUUCAUGACUAUUUACAUUGUAGAUUGUCACUGAAGCCAUCACA